AUGUCAAGUAAUAACGUCUACGACUAUUUAAAAAGCUUUAUCCCAGGAGCUGAUGAAUGUUUUGUGACAUUAAAAGCUGCGGUAGAGGAACAUACGAACAAACCUAACCCAAUCGUCCCAACGAAUUUAGAGAAUACACCACCCGACGAGGCCAUUUCGAUUCUUAAUAAGUUUAUUGAGAAGACAAAAGACUAUGAGGGAAGUUACACUAAUUUUGCAAAAGAGAUUUCAAGGACGUUGGCGACAUUGGAAGACUUAACUGACUUAGUCAAUGCGCUUAAAGUCAAGUUCAAAGAAGACAUCGACGAAAUGACACAUUUGCGGAACACCGCGUUGAAGAUGAUAAUGGACAAAGAGAAACAACGAUAUGAGAAAGAACUCGAGACCAACUCAUUUCGAAAAGCGCGACUUCAAACGACGUUGACGACUAAAGAAAUUGAGUUGAAAAAAAGAAUGUCCCUUUCUUUCAUCCCAGAAGACCUUCUCGUGUCCUUUGAAAUCCCCGUGAAAGUCGAGAAGAAGGACCAAACAGAUAAAAUCGACAAAUCCGAGACUUUCGACGGGUUUUCGAAAAUCGAAACGGUGUUCGACGCUGUCGAGAAAGUCGAAAAACAGAAAUUGCAGACGUGUAAUGAUCGAGAGAAAGCAAAUGGCAUUCAAACGUUACAAGACGAGCAACAUGUACAUCACAAAGUCAAAUUACAACCGGCAAACAGUGCCCCGAAGUCUUCAAACUCAUCGAAAGAGCGGACUAUUAACAUCGAAAAUCCAUUCAAUCGCACAACACAAAUAGCAAAACCGGGCAGCUUCCCAGAGUAUUUCACUUUAUCGCAUUUAUCGACGGCAAUUUCGCAACGCGACGAAUCCGCAAAAUUCAAUCCAAAACUUCCGCAAAAAAUGAAUCAAACAGUUGUCAAGGAAACGGGUGGCUUGAUCGGGUCGUUGGACGCGAACUCGGCGCCCGCAUUCACCCCGCCGAAAGUUCGAAUUCACAAAACGGUCCAAUUCAACUCGGAAAAGAUAGUGAGACAAUUGACAGUCAACAACGCAAUCACUAUCGGCACGGGGCUCUCCGAAAUCAUUUGGAUCAAAGGAAAUGUUAUUGGAAAUGUUAUUGGGAAGAUCUUUGCGAUCAGUAAAGACGGCGUCUCUGAAAUAGUGUUUGGACAAAACGAAGUUCCGUUGCGGUGUAAUCAGAAGAACACAAAUUUCCCGGAAGGAACACUUUUUGAGACUGACGAGAACGAGUUGUUUGCGUACUCUGAGUCGGCUAACACGACGUGGAAGUUCUCGAAUGGCAACUUAAGUGUGUUGAAUGUGACGAAACCGAUAUUCCCGAAGAACAAAGACGACUUGUUAGAGAUCCCACUCCCAGACAAAAGUCUUGCAAAAGUGUCUUCCAAGCAGAAGCAGACGACUGCGCAGAUAGGGUUUUACUUCACCAAUGUCGACGUCAAAGCAAAGAACAUCUUUAAGACGAAGACCGUCGAUCGGAGUGCCUUAUGUUUCACGUCGAAAGGGUUAUUAGAAAUAGAUCCCACAAAGGUUGUGUGUGUAGAAACGAUACCUCCCUGUGUUGAUGCUGCUGUGACCACCCGUGGGGUCUUACUUGUUUCCAAGAAGAAAGUGUAUUGGGUCGACUUCGAGAAGAGUGAGUCGCUCUAUGUGAAUUUACACACCGACGACUUCUUUGAUAAGAACGCAGAAUACACGUCUUGUUUUGCAAAUGGCAGUGCGAUAAUGAUUGGUGAUAAUUUAGGAAGAGUGACCUUCUUUCGAGUAAAUGAGUUGUUUUAG